AUGGGAAGGCGGAUUAUAUGUGAGGUGGUUUCAGUAGUGGCGUUGUGGUGGCUGCUGAGCCUGAGCGUCAGGGUUAGUGGGGAGGAAACCCAAGUUGGUGCUUUCGAUUAUGCAAACGCUCUGAGCAAAACAAUUCUCUUCUUUGAAGGACAGAGAUCAGGGAAACUCCCUCCCAACCAAAGAGUCAAUUGGAGAGGAGAUUCUGCGCUCUCUGAUGGCAAGCUUAACAAUGUGAACUUGGUUGGAGGUUAUUAUGAUGCCGGGGACAAUGUGAAAUUUGGAUGGCCAAUGUCAUUUACAGUGAGCUUAUUGUCAUGGGCUGCUGUGGAUUACAAAUCACAAAUAUCAACUGCAAAGCAGCUGGGUUACCUGCAAGCUGCAAUAAGUUGGGGAGCUGAUUUCUUACUAAAGGCUCACACUUCUCCCACCUCCUUCUAUACACAGGUAGGCGAUGGGAACAUCGACCAUCAAUGUUGGGAGAGACCUGAGGACAUGGAUACAUCGCGUACCCUCUACCAAAUCACCUCUUCCUCACCUGGUUCCGAGCCUGCUGCUGAUGCUGCCGCUGCUCUUGCGGCUGCAUCCAUUGUCUUCGAAGCUCUCGAUUCCAACUAUUCCUCACAUCUCUUCAAUAGUGCAACUUCUCUAUUCGAGUUUGCUGACAAGUAUAGAGGAUCAUAUCAAGGUUCUUGCCCUUUCUACUGCUCUUAUAGUGGUUACCAGGAUGAGCUAUUGUGGGCUGCUGCAUGGCUGUACAAGGCAAGUGGGCAAGGCAAGUAUCUGAGCUAUGUCUUGAAUAACCAGGGAUGGAGUCAAGCUAUUAAUGAGUUUAGCUGGGAUAACAAAUUUGUAGGAGUUCAAGCAUUACUGGCUCAGGAAUAUAUGCAUGGGAAGAUUCAAUUGGCAAAGUAUAAGAUGGAUGCAGAUUCAUUUGUAUGUGCCUUGAUGCCAGGAAGUAGCAGCAUGCAGAUUCGUACCACUCCAGGAGGCCUUCUAUACACCAGGGAUAGUAGCAACCUUCAAUAUGUUGUAAGUGCUACCUUUAUACUCUUGCGCUAUUCAGACAUGCUUCGUAAUGCCUCUGUUCAAUGUGGCUCAACUUCCUUCUCUUCAGUCCAAAUUGGAGCCUUCGCCAAGUCACAGGUGGAUUACAUCCUGGGUAACAACCCCAUGAAGAUGUCUUACGUAGUGGGAUUUGGUGCUAGCUACCCAAAGCAAUUGCACCACAGGGGUGCUUCCAUGCCUUCGAUCAAGACCCAUCCUACUAAGAUCGGAUGUAAUGAGGGGAUGGGUUCAUGGUAUUCAACCGAUGCACCCAACCCCAACACUCAUGUGGGCGCAGUGGUGGGGGGUCCAGACUCAAAUGAUCAGUUUAAGGAUUCAAGGUCAGACUACUCGCAUUUGGAGCCCACAACCUACAUGAAUGCAGCAAUGGUUGGCUCAUUAGCAGCAAUUCUAGUCCAAUCCCCAUGUUGCCCCUACCUGCUUCUCCAUAAUUCUUCGAUCUCGAUGGUCUCUGCUCUUUGAUAUCUCAAUUCCAGAUCAUCAAGUCACCAGAAUGCAAGUUAUCAUCAUCUCCUCUCUUCAUGCCGCCCUCCUCAGCAUGUUGAGGAAAUGAAUUUCAUUUCCUUUACUUGGUAGUGCUUAUAUAACUUUCUUCCCCAUGGAUGUUUGGGGUUUCCAGUAAUGUUGUUAUGUAUUUAUGAGAAAAAUAUUGCAAUAAAUGUAACGAAUAUGAUAUUAGGAAUCCUAUAACAUUGUAACCAUGUAUAUUUUACUUGUG